GUCAAGAGAAGCCAGAAAGAACCACACGAAAGAAUGAGAAAAAAAUCCACGCAAAGACCACAAAUAACAGAAAAUCAAGAGAAGCCAGAAAGAACCACACAAAAGAAUAAGAAGGAUAGACUGCAAGAGAA